AACUUUGACAAAGAUAAGACACUCGGGCACAAACAUGGACAUCAGCACCGUCAAUAAUCUUCCCUAUGAGGACUUUGUGAAGAUUUUUGGGAAUGUGGUGGAGAAAUGUCCCUUAAUAACAGCUGCCGUGUGGUCCAGACAUCCCUUUGUGAGCCUGGCUGCUUUGGAGGCUGCUAUCAAUGAAUUCAUCGAUCAACUGCCAGAAUCAGGUAAAGAGGGGAUCCUCAGGUGUCACCCUGACCUCGCGGGCAGAGACCUCCAAAGCGGUACCUUGACCCACGAGUCACAUGAGGAGCAGACACAAGCCGGCCUGGAUGCACUGAACUCCACCGAAGCCUCACGUAUGGCCCGGCUCAACCAGGAGUACAAGAAGCGCUUUGGGUUCCCAUUUGUCAUCUGCGCCAGGAUGAACGACAAGGCCAACAUUUUACGGCAGCUGUCAGAGCGCCUCGGCAAUGAGCACACUCUGGAGAGGGCACGUGGCAUUGAGGAGGUGAAAAAGAUAUGCCGUCUACGUCUGCAAGGACUCAUGUUCACUGACGCACCAAACAAAUUAUAAACUGUACACAACAGGAUGGAGCUUAAAUUAAACGUGUCCAUUUUUGGUCCACCUGUGAUGCUUCUGUCUGUUCUAAUUACGUUAUUAAUUAUUUAAUAGAUAUGUGAAUUAGA